ACGGCUAACGUCAACUCUCAACUCUUGCUGUAGCUAACGUAAGAAGUUACUUAAAGUUGCCAAGGAAUAGGUGUUUGGUUACGCCUCAAAUUAGAUAACGAACCUGCAAAGCCUAUAUUUAGGAAAGUAUUAACCUACAUUCUGUAUGUUUGCGCUUUCCCGUCUGUAGAGCAAAGUGUCAGGUUUUAAUUCAGUUGACACCAUGCUUUUCUGAAUCUUCCGUUCGUGAAGAACAUUCAUCUCUGCAGAUUUCUAAAACCUCUGUAUAACCUCAGCUACUUAUCGUGUCAUUAAUAAUUUAUUAACCCUGCCAUUUUAAGAAUUACGAUGGACCCUAAAGUUGCCUCUUUAGUCUUACUUACAUUAGCACUCUCUAUUCCCGUGAGACUUUAUUCCUUCCGGACGAUAACAAUCAUGAGGAUGGGGAAUUUGUCAACAUCCGGAGCUCUGUCAAGCCCCCCCUGUACUAAGUUUGUUCAGGAUGUGGUGUCUCGUAACUGUGUCGUCAUAUUCUCUAAAACAUCUUGUCCAUACUGCAAGAUGGCCAAGAAUGUGUUCAAUGAAAUAGGUGCCACCUACAAAGUGAUCGAAUUGGAUCAGCACAGUGAUGGCAGGCAACUCCAGGAGGCAUUGGCACAAAUGACUGGUGCAAAGACGGUUCCCAGAGUCUUCAUCAAUGGCCAGUGCAUCGGCGGGGGCUCAGACACUAAGGAGCUACACCAGCAGGGAAAGUUGCUGCCAUUGAUAGAGCAGUGCACCCCCUGCUGUUCCUCAGAGGGCUCAGGUUCAGGCAGCGGGUAGCCUCUCUCCAGUCACAAGAAAUCAAUCACCAACUCCUGUAACAUGUCCCCCCCAGCCAGAGCGAUUUUCUUUUUUUUAUAUAUAUAUUUUUUUUUAUUAGAUCCUGAUUGUCUUUCUUUCUGAUAUAGUGUACGUUUGUAUUUAUUUUACUGUAAUGCAUGACAAUAGCCUACCUCAUACAUCAGGAAUGUACAGCUGUAUUUUAAUAAAUGAGUGUCCAACAAGAUGGCUUGUGUAUCACUUACUUUCCAUCUUUUAAAUUGUACCUUGUACAUGGGGAGAAGUUAUUUUGUUAUUUUACUUGAUGUACAAUAAAUAAGGCAAUACUUUUAA